UCCUUGGACCAAGAUGACUGAUGGAAACCUUUCCGCCUCUACCAAUGGCGUAGCCUUGAUGGGCAUUUUGGAUGGUCAUCCAGGAAACUCCCUUCAGAACCUGCAGCACGGGAAUCUCAAGGCACCCAGACUCUUUUCAGAGCCUGAGUAUGGGCCCAAGCUAAAGCUGGGUGCUUUGGAAGAUCGGCACAGCCUCCAGUCGGUAGACUCGGGCAUUCCUACACUGGAGAUUGGGAACCCAGAGCCUGUGCCCUGCAGCGUGGUCCAUGUGAAGAGGAAGCAGUCUGAGGCCGAGCUCGUCCCAGAGCGGGCCUUCCAGAGUGCAUGCCCGCUGCCGUCCUGUGCGCCACCAGCUCCCACCAGUGCUGAGCAGGAGCAGAGCGUGCGGAAGUCCUCCACCUUCCCCAGGACUGGCUACGACUCUGUAAAGCUCUACAGCCCCACCUCCAAGGCCCUGAACCGCAGCGAUGAUGUAUCUGUCUGCAGCGUGUCCAGUCUUGGCACAGAGUUGUCAACCACGCUGUCCAUCAGCAAUGAGGACAUCUUGGACCUUGUGGUCACGAGCAGCUCCAGUGCCAUUGUGACCCUGGAGAACGACGAUGACCUGCAGUUUACCAGUGUCACCCUGAGCGCCAUCAAGGAAACCAGUGGCCUACACCAGCAGGACUGUGUCCGUGAUACUGAGGCGGGGAGUAAAUUGAGAAUAUUGGGCCCAUUUAGCAACUUCUUUGCAAGGAACUUGCUUGCUAGAAAACAAAAUGCAAGACUUGACAAACAAAAUGACUUGGGAUGGAAGUUAUUUGGAAAAGUACCACUCCGAGAGAAUGCUCAGAAAGAUUCAAAGAAAAUACAAAAGGAAUAUGAAGACAAGGCUGGAAGACCUAGCAAGCCACCCUCUCCAAAGCAGAAUGUGAGGAAGAAUCUUGAUUUUGAGCCACUUUCCACCACUGCACUCAUCCUUGAAGACAGACCAGCAAAUCUCCCAGCAAAACCAGCUGAAGAAGCUCAGAAACACAGACAGCAGUAUGAAGAAAUGGUAGUUCAGGCCAAAAAACGAGAGCUGAAAGAAGCCCAGCGGAGGAAGAAGCAGCUGGAAGAAAGAUGCAGAGUAGAAGAAAGCAUCGGAAAUGCUGUCCUUACUUGGAAUAACGAGAUUUUACCCAACUGGGAAACAAUGUGGUGCUCUAGGAAAGUUCGCGAUUUAUGGUGGCAGGGAAUUCCUCCAAGUGUGAGAGGCAAAGUCUGGAGCUUAGCCAUUGGCAACGAGCUAAAUAUCACCCACGAGCUCUUUGACAUCUGCCUUGCACGAGCCAAGGAGAGGUGGCGGUCCCUUAGCACGGGAGGCUCUGAAGUGGAAAAUGAAGAUGCUGGUUUUUCAGCAGCAGACAGAGAAGCCAGUCUGGAGCUUAUUAAACUGGACAUUUCUAGAACGUUUCCUAAUCUCUGCAUUUUCCAGCAAGGUGGUCCAUAUCAUGACAUGUUGCACAGUAUUUUGGGCGCUUACACUUGUUACCGACCGGAUGUGGGUUAUGUGCAGGGUAUGUCAUUUGUAGCAGCGGUGUUGAUCUUGAACUUAGAUACUGCAGAUGCCUUCAUUGCUUUUUCUAAUCUUUUGAAUAAACCCUGUCAAAUGGCAUUUUUUCGAGUGGACCAUGGCCUUAUGUUGACUUAUUUUGCUGCAUUUGAGGUGUUCUUUGAAGAAAACUUGCCAAAAUUAUUUGCUCAUUUCAAGAAGAACAACUUAACUCCAGACAUCUACCUAAUUGAUUGGAUCUUCACCUUAUACAGCAAGUCUCUGCCCCUCGACUUGGCCUGCCGGAUCUGGGAUGUGUUCUGUCGAGACGGGGAGGAGUUCCUCUUCCGCACGGCGCUGGGCGUCCUGAAGCUGUUCGAGGACAUCCUGACCAAGAUGGACUUCAUCCACAUGGCCCAGUUCCUGACCAGGCUGCCCGAGGGCCUGCCUGCCGAGGAGCUGUUCACCUCCAUCGCCACGGUUCAGAUGCAGAGUCGGAACAAGAAGUGGGCCCAGGUACUGACUGCGUUGCAGAAAGACAGCCGGGAAAUGGAGAAGGGAAGCCCAUCCCUCAGACACUGAGGCUACAGAUGCAACUCGUGCUUGGCACUGAAGCAGAGCUCUGCGCGGCCCCUGUGUUGCUCCAGACUGACACCCUGGCAGCUGAGAAGGAGGGGCCCUUUUUUUUAAGUUUGAUUCCUAACACUGGAGUUGGCCUUAAACAAAACACACAGACUUUUAAAGAAUUAAACCAAGGCUUAGCCUUAAGCUCAGUGGAACGGUGACCUGGUGUGCCCACCACUGCAUUUCUGCAUGGUUUAAUGAUAGAGCACUGGCUGACGUCCCCCUCUUUAUUUCAGCAAAAGUAAAUUAAAUUGUACUGCUUCUAUG